AGUGAACUGGCGAAAAGGCACGGUUGGAGGAAGGCGGUUUAACUUCUGAAGACGAAGCUUCAGUUCCGCAUUCCUGACCUGACACGCACCCAAGUUAACCCUGAAGAUCAUGCCUGGUCAAGAGAACGCCAACAACGGUAGCAACAGCCACAACUGGCGCCGCAAGACGCCUUCUGGUGGACGCAAGGACAGUGACGCCGAGCACAAGAAGAAGAAGCCGCGUCGCGGUGGCCGUCGGAACAACGGCAACAAGAACGCUAAUGCCAAUGCGAACGGUCAGACCAAGCAGGCGCCUGUCGCUGCCGCCCCCGUGAAGCAGGAAGCUCCAACCCCCGCUACCACGACUGCUAAGCCCGCGAAUUUGGACUACCUAUCAGACGUGCUGUUUGCUUCGCUGGACAUUUCGGCCAAAACCAAGCGUGCCAUCGUGGAAGACCUCAAGUACGAGCGCCUCACGAACGUGCAGAACGAGACGUUUCCGUUGAUUCUGGAGGGCAAGGACGUGCUCGCCAAGGCCAAGACUGGAAACGGCAAAACUAUCGCCUUCUUGCUUCCUGUGAUCGAGAACAUGGUCAAGGAGGGACGUCGCUCGGGCGCCGUCAUCCCCACAUUGGCCAUCUCGCCCACGCGUGAGCUGGCGCUGCAGAUCUCCACGGAGGCUAAGCGUCUCACCAAGUUCCACGAGUUCAAUGUCGCCUGUUUCGUGGGUGGUGCUAACAUCAAGAAGGAUGAGCGCACGCUUACGAGCAGCACGCCGAUUGAUAUCCUGGUGGCCACACCCGGCCGUCUCGUCGACCACUUGAAGCAGAACACUGGUAAUAUCGUUAACCGUCUGGGCAAGGCCAGUGUCUUGAUUCUGGACGAAGCCGAUCGACUACUGGACAUGGGAUUCCGUCCUGACGUCAUGCGCAUCAUCGGAUACCUGCCGAAGGAGCGUCAGACGCUGCUGUUCAGCGCCACUUUGCCUGCCUCCACGGAGGAACUCAAGCAGGUCGCUUUACGUAAGGACUACUCGUUCGUGGACACAAUCGACGAGAACGAGGCGGAUACCAACGUGCAGACCGAGCAGGAGUACGUUAUAUGCAAGAUGGAGGAAGUGAUCCCAAUGGUGGAGCGCGUGCUGUCUGAACACAUGAAGCUCUCAGCGUAUAAAGUAAUGCUGUUCUUCCCGACGGCCCGUUCAGCGCAGUUCAUGGCGCAGCUCUUCCAAGCUGCUGGUUUCCCUGGUGUCCUGGAGAUUCACUCACGUAAGAGUCAGGCAGUGCGCACGAAGACUGCUGAGGCUUUCCGUAAGGGCCACAAGGUGAUGAUGUUCUCGUCGGACGUGUCGGCUCGUGGUGUGGACUACCCGGACGUGUCGCUCGUGCUGCAAGUGGGUCUUACCGAUCGCGAUCAAUACAUCCACCGUCUUGGACGUACAGCUCGUGCUGGUAUGAAGGGCAAGGGUGUUCUCAUUCUGUCCGAGUUCGAGACGCCUCUACUGGACAAGUUGGCUGAUUUACCUCUGGAGCCCAGCAAGAAGCACGUUCCGGAGACGCUAGCACCGUCGCAGUCGCGUGCUUUGAAGGUUAUCAAGAGUCUGAAGAGCUACAGUGACGUGGAGAAAUCGGCUCAGCAGUCGUACCAGGCUUGGCUCGGUUUCUACAACUCGAACUCGAGGCGUUUGAAACUGAAGCCCGUGGAACUCGUGCAGCUUGCAGCCGAUUACAGUCGUAUCAUUGGUCUGGACGAAGUGCCUAAGCUCGAGAAGAAGACUCUCAAGAAGAUGAACCUCCUCGGCGUGCCUGGCAUCGAGCCGUCGCCGUACACGCGCGACAAUGCCGGUAACCUCAAUGUCGGCCGCAAUGGUGGUGGCAACCGUGGAGGCAACAGCCGUAGAUAAACCAUCAAGGUCACUGUGCGGAGACUGCAAAGAUCAAGUGAAUUAGCUUCAGCUCUGCGUCUCGGUGACUGGAUUUUGCUGUAGAAUGCCAGGUGACUUCCUCAUCACUAGAACCCAAUCGUAAUUUAUUGCAACGAAGGAUGAGUCGGUAGAAACUAGGUAUACUACUAAUUCCUAAAACUGACACCACCGCAAAGCAAAAUAGUAAUGCUUGAGAAGCUCUUUCGAGCAAUCAGCUGCUCCUGGGCCAC